AAGAGAGUAAAUUUAUUAUCCAAGAGUAUUGAUGGUGAAAAUUGAAUCCUGGUCAACCAUUGAUCACACAUUUGAUUAAUGAUCUUAUACACUUAAAAUGUGCGAAGCACUAUCAAUUUCUUCCAAGGUUCAAGCUAUUGUAUUGAUCAUUUACAUGCUGUGGAAAAUUAUUUCCACCUUAUCCAAUUAUUCAUUGACCAUAGUAGUAAAUGCAAAGUUCAUUGUCACCAUUACAUAAGAACUUCCAAACUAGCAAACAGUCCUAUUGACUUGUAAUGAAAGAAGUUUCGUCGAAACAAAGUGUCAUGAUAGAAAAACAUGUGCUAUUGACUUGGUAGCCUUUUGGAAGAACAAUUCUAAAAAACUUUUAAUCCCUUCAAAGAAAACGAUUGGCCAAGUCCCUACACUGACUCACUGUUUUAUUGACUCCAAAUCUGAAUAUUCAACAUUAUAUGUCAAUUCCAUUUGUAGUUUAAUUCAUACCACUCUUUUGAGUUUGAGAAAAAUGGGUGUUUUUAGAGGAUUAUCAUUUCCUACUAGUUUUUUAUUACUACUAGCUUUGGUGGUUUUGAAUUUAGUGUGUCUGUGUAAUGGAGGAACAACUAGUACUUUUGUUAGGAAAGUUGAGAAGGGCAUUAAUAUGUCACUUGAUAGUGAUGUGUUUGCUGUUCCUUCUGGUUAUAAUGCUCCCCAACAGGUUCAUAUAACACAAGGUGAUCUUGUGGGGAAAUCAGUGAUCGUAUCGUGGGUGACUGAGGAUGAACCAGGGUCGAACACAGUGCAUUACUGGAGUGCCGAGAACAGCAGCAAACAGAAGAAGAAGUUAGCUAAAGGGAAAAUUGUUACAUAUAAAUUCUUCAAUUACUCAUCUGGUUUUAUUCAUCACACUACUAUAAACAAUUUGGAGUACAACACCAAAUAUUAUUAUGAGGUUGGACUUGGGAACACAACAAGGAAGUUUUGGUUUAUAACUCCUCCCGAAAUUGGUCCUGAUGUGCCAUACACAUUUGGUCUCAUAGGUGAUCUUGGUCAGAGCUAUGAUUCAAACACAACACUUUCUCACUAUGAAUUGAACCCGAGAAAGGGACAAACAGUUUUGUUUGUUGGAGAUCUCUCUUAUGCGGAUAACUUCCCGAAUCAUGACAAUGUUCGGUGGGAUACUUGGGGAAGGUUUGUAGAAAGGAGCACGGCUUAUCAGCCGUGGAUAUGGACUGUAGGAAACCAUGAAAUUGAUUUCGCACCAGAAAUCAACGAAACCAAACCAUUUAAACCUUAUUCGCACCGAUACCAUACUCCUUAUAAGUCAUCACAAAGUACUUCACCCUUUUGGUAUUCUAUUAAAAGAGCUUCAGCACACAUCAUUGUCUUGUCAUCAUAUUCAGCUUAUGGAAAAUAUACACCACAGUACAAAUGGCUUGAACAGGAGCUACCAAAAGUUAACCGGACAGAAACUCCGUGGUUGAGUGUUCUAAUGCAUUCACCUUGGUAUAAUAGUAACAAUCAUCAUUACAUGGAAGGGGAAACAAUGAGAGUAAUGUAUGAGCCAUGGUUUGUUAUGUACAAGGUUGAUGUUGUGUUUGCUGGUCAUGUACAUGCCUAUGAAAGAACCGAACGUGUGUCGAAUAUUGCAUAUAAUGUUGUAAAUGGUAUUUGUACUCCUAUAAAAGAUCAAUCAGCUCCUGUAUACAUAACAAUUGGAGAUGGCGGGAACCUCGGAGGCAUAGAAACCAACAUGACAGAACCACAGCCAGAGUACUCAGCAUUCAGAGAAGCUAGCUUUGGACAUGCCAUUUUUGACAUAAAGAAUAGAACACAUGCUCAUUAUAGUUGGCAUAGAAAUCAAGAUGGUUAUUCUGUUGAGGCUGAUUCUCAUUGGUUUCUCAACAGAUUUUGGAACCAAGUUGAUGAUUCCACAGCACAUGUUUGAUGUUUCCCAUUAACACAUUGAUUUACUCCUCUUUUCACAAGAAUACUCAAUGUGAUGUUAAUCAAUAAAGUCAUUAUUAUUACUAUGUAAUAAUUGUAUGUGGGUCAAUACCCUACCACCAUCAAUUAUUAUGAUUAUCAUUACCUUUCAUUCUACUUUGUAUAACUGUUUAUAUAAAUAGUACAAAGGAACAUGCAUGUUGUAUAA